AUGGCAGAGAAGAAGAAUCCCCUAGUUUAUAUGGAUGUCUCUGUAGACAAUGUGUAUGUUGGACGGAUGAUUUUUGAGGUACCGGUUUUCUUUCCAAUACUUUUGGAUUACAAUGAUUAUUGUGAAAAGGAAAUUGGGCCAAAAACAGGUUUGCCCUUACGUUACAAGAGCUCUUUCUUCUAUCAGAUUCUGAGCGACAUCUCCUAUGUGAAGGGCGGGGAUCUAUUCAGUCCAUGGGUUGAGAUGCCUCGACUUAAACACGAUGAACGGGGCCUUCUAACCAUGAACCUUUGUGAUCGUUAUGGAAUCGGAUCACAUUUUGUAAUCACCUUGAAACCAGAUUCGAGUCUGGACAGGUUUCAUGUGGUUUUUGGAAAGAUUAUUUGGGGAUUCAAAACAUUGGAUAAGAUUACAGAGGCGGAUGUGGAUGAGGGGGCACGGGUUCAAGUUUCAGGCUGUGGUGAAUAUAAUCUACGCGAGAUUAGACCUGGUGAGAACAAAGCAAUUUCUUAUACUGUAACUUCCCGUGAGAGUGUGAAAGAAAGUGAGAGGUGA